UCUGAAGCUGGGGUAGACGGGGGUAGCUCCAGAAGGGAGUGAGAAAAUAGCACGGAGCUUGUUCAGCUGCAUCAUCAGCACCCUACGCUCGAUUAGGGUUUCUCUUCCAAAAUUCAUUCUCCAAAUUAAGGUUUCCUCGUUCCCCUUUUCCUUCUCAAUCCCUCGCCAUGACCGACGGCUUCUGGAACCGCCAGCAGCAGGCCAUGCUCCCUCACGCCGGCAUGCUCAAGCGACCUCGUUCCGACUACGAUAUACCAACUUCUGGUCUGACAUCAGGUAAUGAGUUGCAUAAUUAUAUUGCUCGUGACAAUGACCGAACUGGUCAUGGAAUGAUAAAGGACACAAAAACAAUUGGGUCUGCAUAUGACCGCUACCUUCAGAGUGGGCAACUUUCAUCGUUCACUUCCGGCGAAGCGAGUACAAUUGGUGGUCUCGGAUUGUCAAGGGGGGUUGGUGGAUUGCCAGGUCAAUCAUUAAGUGAUCCUUCUCUAAUCGGGCGUCAUGGAGUUGGCGGUCCUGAUCUUGCUCCAAAUGGGCGGGGGGUUGGUUAUGGUGGUCAGCUACCAGGAGAUGCAGUUUCUAGGCCAGGGCCAGAAACGGUUCCUCUACCUCCGGAUGCUUCAAGUACUUUAUAUGUUGAAGGUCUCCCUUCUGAUAGCAAAAGAAGGGAAGUGGCUCACAUUUUUCGUCCCUUUGUUGGAUAUAGAGAAGUGAGGCUUGUGAGCAAAGAAUCCAAACAUCGUGGUGGAGAUCCUCUUAUUCUUUGUUUUGUGGAUUUUGCAAAUCCAGCUUGUGCAGCAACUGCAAUGAGUGCCUUGCAAGGGUACAAAGUAGAUGAACUCAAUCCCGAGUCUAGUCACCUUCGGCUUCAGUUCUCUCGAUUUCCUGGUCCUAGAAGUGGAGCUGGACCUCGUGGCGGUGGCGGUGGCAAGAGGUGAGUUGAUUCACAUAGGCCAAGAUGAAGCACAAUUUUCUUUAAACAAAUCUAACAAAUGUGGAUAUUUUGGGUUACAUAUUACUGUGGUGUAUCAUUAUUGCUAACUUUGUUAUGGAUAUUUUGUCUGAUUUAUAGUAGAUUUUAUUGUGUUGUCCAAAACAAUGUGGUAUUCAAUUUUUUUCACCGUUA